UUCUAGUUGAUAAAAGAUAAUGAAAUACAUCAACAACUUGUUUUGUGAGGCAAAAUUUUAUAUUUUAAAUGUUUAGUAAGAAUUGGCGUAAUUUAUGCUACACAUGUUAACUUUAUCCUUAAAAAUCUAUAUCUAAAAAAAUAAUAAAAUGACAUCAGCAUUAUACCUUGAACAUUACCUAGACAGUUUAGAAAAUCUUCCAAUGGAGUUAAAACGUAACUUUACUUUAAUGAGAGAUCUAGAUUCUAGAGCACAAGAAUUAAUGAGGAACAUUGAUAAAUUAGCAGAUGAUUAUAUGUCUAAUGUCAAAGGAUAUUCCUCUGAAAAGAAAAAUGAAACAAUGUCUAGUAUACAACGUCAGUUUGACAAAGCAAAAGAAUAUGGAGAUGAUAAAGUUCAGUUAGCAAUACAAACUUAUGAGUUGGUUGACAAGCAUAUUAGAAAAUUAGAUUCUGAUCUGGCACGAUUUGAAGCAGAGAUUCAAGAUAAAGCUAUUAGUGCAACAAGAAACGUUGAAGAGUGCUCACAAAAAAGAGGUCGUAAAAAAAUUAAAGAUAAAGAAAUAAAAAAAAAAAGUGCAUCCAGUGAAGAAGAAUCAACUAUUAAAGCAUCCAAAAAGAAGCAAUUGAAAAAAAGUGGUGUUAAGAUACUAAAUUCAGUGCCUAAUAAAACUCCGUCAAUUAGUGCAGUUACCAAUCCUGCAAAUACUGUUAAUAGUGUUGCUAGUGUAACAACUGAAGCCAGUACAUUGGUUGGUGCUUUAACUGGUGCUGGAGUUGCACAUUCUGCUGAAGUCUUAGAUAUGCCAGUUGACCCUAAUGAACCAACUUAUUGUUUAUGUAAUCAAGUAUCUUACGGUGAAAUGAUUGGAUGUGAUAACCCAGAUUGUCCAAUUGAAUGGUUCCACUUUGCUUGUGUAAAGUUAACUACAAAACCAAAGGGUAAAUGGUUUUGUCCAAAAUGUAUUACUGACCGUAAAAAGAAAUAGUAACAAAAAUUAUAAAUAUUUUGCAAUUUUUAUAAAAUUUUUAAUAAAUUUAAAAAAUAUUAA